GAGGUUUCUGCUCUUCCGGUGUUUGCUCUGCUUCACGCCUGCAGAGCUGCGGUUCUGUCUUUUCAGGACUCUGGCUGAGAGGCGACAGUCCAGGUGCAGGUGAGAAUGACUUCUGGGAUCCUCACAGCUGGGUCCCAGAAAUCACUAACAUUCCAAGACGUCACUGUGGACUUCACCCAGGAGGAAUGGGGGCUGUUGGAACCUUCUCAGAAAGAUCUGUUCAGGGAUGUGAUGCUGGAGAACUAUGAGAACUUUGUGUCUCUGGGGCUUACCGAAUCCAAAGCAGCUGUGAUCUCCCAGUUGGAGAGAAGACAAUCACCAGAGUUGCCAGAUGGAAAAGUUCCAGGAAACAUUUCUGUAGAUUUUCUUCAUGAAUGUAAUAUACUUGGAAGACUUCAUCCUGGAGAGAAAUCAUUUGAAUGUAAUCAGUGUGGGAAGACUUAUUGCAGCAAACAAUAUUUAACUGAACAUCAAAGAAUUCAUACUGGUGAGAAACCUUAUAAAUGUAAAGAAUGUGGGACAGCCUUUAGUCAGAAGAGGCACCUUAAAAUACAUAAUAUAAUUCAUACUGGAAAGAAGCCUUUUGAAUGUAAUCAAUGUGGGAAAGCUUAUUGCAGCAAACAAUACUUAACUGAACAUCAAAGAAUUCAUACUGGAGAGAAACCGUAUAAAUGUAAUGAAUGUGGGGAAGCCUUCAAUCGUAAACACUCCCUAGGCCAACAUGAAAAAAUGCAUACUGGAGAAAAACCCUACAGAUGUAAUGAAUGUGGGAAAGCCUUUGGUCAGACGAGACACCUUAAAACACAUAAGAUAACUCAUACUGGAAAGAAUCCCUUUGAAUGUAAUGAAUGUGGGAGAGCUUAUUGCAGUAAACAAUAUCUAACUGAACAUCAAAGAAUUCAUACUGGAGAGAAACCCUAUAAAUGUAAAGAAUGUGGGAAGGCCUUCAACCGGAAACAUUCUCUAGGCCAACAUGAAAAAAUGCAUACUGGAGAGAAACCCUACAAAUGUAAUGAAUGUGGGAAAGCCUACAGUCAGAAGAGACACCUUAAAAUACACAAGAUAAUUCAUACUGGGAAAAAGCCCUUUAAAUGUAAUGAAUGUGGAAAGGCUUACUGCAGGAAACAAUAUCUAACUGAACAUCAAAGAAUUCAUACAGGAGAGAAACCUUAUAAUUGUAAUGAAUGUGGGAAAGCCUUCAGCUCUAAGGCAAAUUUUUAUGUACAUAAAAGAAUCCACAGUGGAGAGAAACCCUACAUAUGUAAUGAAUGUGGCAAAGACUUUACACAGCAAGGACAACUUAAAAUGCACAAAAUAUUUCAUACUGGAAAGAAGCCCUUUGAAUGUAAUGAAUGUGGAAAAGCCUUCUACACCAAUUCUGGCCUUAAAGAACAUAAACUAAUUCAUUCUGGAGAGAAACCUUUUGAGUGCAUUGACUGUGGGAAAGGCUUCAGGUUCAGUUCAGGUCUUCUGAAACAUCAGAGAAGUCAUUCUGAAGAGAAACCUUAUAAAUGUAAUGAAUGUGGUAAAGGCUUCAGGCGGAGUUCAUACCUUAUGCAACAUGAGAGAAUUCAUACUGGAGAGAAACCCUAUGAAUGUAAUGAAUGUGGGAAAGUUUUCAGGUGGAAGGGAAACCUUGAUUCACAUAAGAGAGUUCAUAUUAAGGGAAAACCAUAUUCAUGUAAUGAAUGUGGGAAAGCCUUCAGGCUUAAAGACAGCCUCAAUACACAUGAGAAAAUUUGUACUAGAAAGAAAUGCUUUGAAUGAAAGGAGUGGAUAGUAGCUUAUAGUUGGAGGUGAAACUUUGCUGCACAUAAUAAAACAGUCCACAGAGACACUUUGAAUGUAAGGAAUCAGUGAAAACUUUGCCAUUUAAUAUGUACUGUUUAUUAGUUAAGAAACAUGGAAUUCGUGCUGGGCAGAAAUCCUAUGACUAAUGAAUGUGAGAAAACCUUCCACUGGAAGCAAAACCUUAAAAUACACACAAAAAACCUUAAUAUUUAUAGGAAACCUUAUAGUGUAAUGAGUGUGGGGAACCCUUCAAAUGGUGUGGAAUACGUAAAGAAUUUGAGGCAGUGAUGGAGAGAACCCUGCUGGUAUACAAAAUGUGGAAAAGGCUUAAUGAGAAAUCAAAACUUAGCAUGAACCAGAGCUUUCAUACUAAAAGCAUCACAUUUAAUGUGAUGAAUGUGACUUUACUGAAACAAAAUAGAAACCUGGAGGACCAUAAGAGACUUCAUACUAAAGAAAGAAAUUCUUUGGUUAUAAUGAAUUGGGAGUCUUCAUGCUGAGUCAGACCUUUGCUACACAUCAUAAAAUUGUUACUGUGGAGGUUGUUUUUAAAAAAUAUAUUUGGGGGAAAAUUCAGUUAGGGGGAACACAUUCCAUGACCUCAGAUAAUUUAUCUGGCCGAGAAUCUCCAUGAAUGUAGUAAGAAUAGUUGGAAGUCUAUCACUGACCUCAUGCUAUCGAUUAACUCUGUAGGUGUGAUGGAAGGAAUGCUUCAGAAGAGUUCAUAGUCUCAAAAUUUCAGUUAGAAGGGCCUCAGAGACCAUUUAGUCAAGUUUUAUCUGAAAAGGAGUCUUCUAUACAAGAUGCAAGUUUUAUCUAGUUCUUGUUUUAAGACUUUUAAUAUUUGGGAGUCCAUUGCUUCCUUAAGGCAGUGGGCUCCACUUUUGGAUUAAUCUGAUAAUUCAGUUUUUCCUUAUCUGAAGCUAAAAUGUGCUUCUUUGCACUUUCUCCCAUUUCUCCUAGCUCUGCCCUCUGUGGCAAAAUACAACAUGCUUAAUCCCACUUCCUCGUGACAGUCCAUCAUAUACUUGACAUCAGCUAGAAUGCCCUCCCUGAGUCUUCUCUUCUGCAGAAACAUCCUCCGUUCCUUCACCUCAACUUCAUCUAAAAUGAACUAAAGCCCUUCAGUGUUCUGAUUGCUCUCUUUUUAACACUCAAGCAUAUCAUUUGUCUUCAUAAAAUAUAGCGUGAAUGAAUGAAAAA